AUGGCCAAGUGGACGCUAGCUCUCAAGACCGUUGCUGCAGCCUGUGUGCUGGCCUGUCCCGGAGCCUCGGCAUGGAGUCAAGAGCAGAUCAAUGCUUCGCGUCGACCGGCCACCGCUGUAGCUGGACCUGCUGUUCCUGGAAAGUUCAUAGUUGAGCUGCAGGCCGGUGCUCAGACCAGCCAGCGUGAUAUUGCUUCCAGAGCCACUACAUUACUUGGUGACAUGAGGAUCAAGGGCUACGAAGUCGAGAUUAAGACCGACUAUUCCAUGGUGUCUGGCCGCUUCCAGGGAGUAUCGGUACAGAUUGCCAACAACAAAAACGCCAGCAUCAAUGACAUCAAGGGCAUUCCCGGUGUGGCGGAUGUGUGGCCUGUCUACGCCAUCGCUCUGGACGAUACAAUCGACACCACCGAUCCAAGUCCUCAGUGGAACCCGCACAUCACAACUCGGGUUGAUGAAUUACACAAGCGAGGAUUCACCGGCGAAGGCCAACGAGUCUGUGUGGUAGACAGUGGUGUAGAUGCCACACAUCCUGCUCUAUCUGGCAGGAUAGUUGGCGGCAAGAACCUCAUUGAAGACAAUGAUAACUUCGAAGAUUGCAUGGGCCACGGUACCUUUGUUUCAUCUGUGAUCCUGGGCUCCACCAAAGACCUUACAGGUGUGGCGCCCAGGGCUGAAGUGUUCAUGUACAAGGUUUUCGCCUGUGAGAACAGCGUCUCAGAUGACCUGCUCUUGAAGGGUUUAUUGGCUGCUGAUGCGGAUGACUGCGACAUUGUCUCAGUGUCGAUCGGUAGCGAGACUGGAUAUUCCGGGUCUAUUCUUUCUCGCAUGGCCAGUGAGAUUUCAAAGGACCGACUGGUUAUUAUUGCUGCCGGGAAUUCGGGAGAAACAGGUACAUUUUAUGCCAGUUCGCCUGCUUCAGGUCGCGGUGUUAUAUCAGUCGCCUCCACGAACGCAAAGCAGGUCCUGGGCUGGCCUGCGUUGAUUGUUUCAUCAAGCGGAGAGACGUUCAACCUAUCUUAUGUCACUCCGGACGGUGCGAAACUCAACGAGUCCGUAGUUGCCCCUAUCACAUUUGAUGCGGGUGACUCGUGCAACCCCGAGCAGUAUGGGAGCGAAGAGCAGGCGCUCAUCGUCAAGCGCGGCAUCUGUUUCCCUCAGGGCUCAUACAAUGAGCUCAGCAGCACUGGAUUUGGUUACUAUCUUAUCUUUGACUCAUACAACCAAGGUGUCUUUUACGUGGACGACGUUGACAAUUAUAAUCCUUCGGUGCAUCUGUUCGCUCUGACCGAUGCAUCUGUAGGGGAGUGGGUGAAAGCGCAGAUUGCCGAACAAUACAAUCUCACGCUUGAGAUCGAAGUUGAUGCUGACACUGCGGCAUUCGCCUCCGACCGUCCUAGUGCUGGCCAGGUUUCUUACUUCUCAUCCUGGGGGCCAAGCUUCGAGAAUGAUUUCAGCCCUUCUGUCGCAGCACCGGGUGGUGCUGUCUACGGUGCAUUCCCAGAUAAUACCUACGCCGUCGGUUCAGGCACAUCCUUCUCAGCGCCUUAUGUGGCCGGCGUAGCCGCCCUAUACUAUGCUCACGUCAAGAAAGACCAUUCGGAGUUCGCUCGCCGCCUGUCUUCCACAGCCGCUCUCCUUCCUGCAUAUGACGACACAAAUGUAGAGGUUGUCGGUACUAUUGCGCCGCUGAUUCAACAGGGUGCCGGCCUCAUCGAUGCUGUCAAGGUCUUUGACUACCAAACAGUGCUUCUGUCCGACCGCCAAAUCUCGCUCAACGAUACUGAUAAUCGCGUGAAUACACACACAAUCAGUCUGCAGAACGCUGGCUCCGAGGCUAUCACCUACAAGAUUUCUCAUUCUAUUGCUGCCACUGUCCAAUCUCGCGACGAGGAUUUGUACCCAUAUGUAUACUAUCCACCCCUUCUGGCCGAUGUUGAGGGAUCCAUAGAAGCACCAGACAGUGUGACUAUCCCUGCCGGUUCGACCCAAGAUGUGAUCGUCACUUUCCACUCUCCCAUGAGCUCCGACAAUAGCAGUGGUGUGGUCUGGAGCGGAAAGGUCGUCUUCCAAGGUGAGAACGAUGAGACACUUGCAGUUCCCUACAUGGGCGUUCAAGCCUCGACCUACAACUGGACACCACUGGAGGGUUCACCCUUGGUGUUCCGUUACGACGAUGUAAGCGGGUACCUGUAUCCCGUAGACUGGGAGAGCAAGCCGUACAAGCCUGCCGAGCUCUCAUCUCCCGAAAUUUACUUCGCGUUGCGGUACGGCACGUAUGAGUUCUCUAUGGAUCUUGUCGGCGAAGACUACACCACUGACGAUUUUGCUUACCCAUUGACGGCUGGGCCGGCCUCAAACCAGUGGCGUGGACCAGUCCGUACGCAGCCGGACGUGUACGGAUAUUACACAGACUUCCCUACGAAGUUUCCAAUACGUUUCAGUAACGUGGGCUUCAACACUUUCCAGAGCUUUUCCAACGGAACAGAGAUCCCUUCUGGUCGCUAUAGAAUUCUCAGUCGUGCUCUUCGCGUCUUCGGCGAUGGGUCCAAUCCCCAGGAUUGGCAACUCUUCCUCUCGGACCCAUUUUCGAUUCAAUUGAACGACGACCCCAUUCCGGGCGUGACUAGUUCUACUAUAUCCUCUUCUACGGCAGCACCUACGUUUACAGAAGCUACAAGCAGCGUACAAUUGCCCACUAGCGAGCCUGUCACCACCACAAGCGCACCGAUCACGAGUGCCACCUCUGUGCCUGGCAUUACCACCACUCUCAAGGCCUUCGCUCAACCCACCGGCCUUGCCGGCGCUUUCGUCGAUCUGUCUCUCUAUCGCCAAAAUACUGAGGAGUCCCAUGAUCUGUUCGACACCAAUAGCUGGCUAGAAAUACACGUGCAAAUAUCCAUUCCCACACGUCUCUACGAAGGCACUACCGUGUCUUUCGCCCUACCGCAGGUGUUUGUCGACGUCGCGGAAUCGAAAUAUGUGCAGUCUACCUCCGCCCUUGUGGGCACUGCACUGUUCGAUAGUGAGACUAGCGUCUUCACCGUCACUUUCAACGACUGGGUCACCUGGCAUGACAAUAUCGUGGGUGACUUCUACCUCAGCUGCCGCCUAAACCCUGAUUUCCAGACAGAGAUGAUGGCGGGCACCUACUUCGUAGAAAUGGAGACUGUAGGCAAGACUUUCCUAGAACCGCUCUACUAUCGAGCUAUAGACCGCUCGCGUGUUUACGAAUCCGUCCGUGAAGUGGAAUCGGAUGACGGGAGCCAGCUCUUUGCGUUUGUUGUUGAAGUGCCCGGCUCCGUUGGCCCAUGGACAUCUGUGACGCUGAUAUCCAGCCAGUCCAGCGGGGAUGACGGGUUCCGCUGCGAGCUGACACAUGUCAACUUGGGUAUGACUUUCGACGACAGCAACCGCGUUGUAGAUUCCACAGAUGUUACAAAUCAGACCGUCCGGCGUUGUGAGGUUAAGGAGUUCCGGGCUAUCUAUAGCAGUAGUAUCGAGACGCACGAGCUCCAGCACCGUCUCGGUCUCAAGUCUGCCGGCAUCAAGCCGAACCAGCAGCGAGGCCCUAAGCUCGUCAAGCCGCCUUCAUACCGGAAGUCUGUCAUCGUCAACAGAGCUCAUCUCAUCAAGCACCGGGUCGCUUAG